GUCUUUCAUCAGGAAUGCGCAUGCGUAUCAUUUGUGAAAAAGACGAGAGAGCCAUUCUACUUUCGGUUUUAAGAAGAAUUAUUUGUAGAUAAACCCAAACGGCAAGCUGGUAUAAGUAUCACUGACAAUUGCAGAUAUUUCAGAAGCAGAGCCUAAAAAUGACAAAAAAGACACAGAUAUCAAAGAAUAACUACAGAAAGAUGAUACAGUUCAACUAUACUCUAGCUCAGAUUCUUCAGAAUCCAUUGUAAACCAUUCCAUGUGAAGACAUGGAUGAACAAAUUAGAGAGUGGGAAAAUUCUUCAACUUCUUCUAUGACCAGUAUAACACAUAUUCCAGAUGAUAAGGAAAAAAAUAUUAAAUUAGACACAGUUUCUGAAGAAAUAGGUGUAUGUCCUUUACAAGGGACUGAUUGUGUAUCUGGUCGUAAAGUUGACAAUGCUGCUUAUAUACCUGAAACUCAAAUUGCCAGAGGUGAAGAAGAAAACCAAGUUUUCAGGAUAAAGAAAGUUGGUAAUAGUUAUGUUCUCAAACAUAACAAUCUUAAAGUAAAAAUCCCACAGUUGGACGGAGCUUCGGGUGUGAGUGUUGAUGAAGAUAUCAUCUUGAUUGAUAAUGAGCCUAUAUAUGAUAUAGAAAUAAACAAUGGAAAAGUAAAGAUAUCUAAAAUAGGAGAUGCUGAAUGUGAAGUGAAUAGAAGUGACAACAAUAGCACAAAUAAUUCAGGAAAUAAUGAAACUGGCCUAUAUGUCGAACGUCAGCAGCAUCAAAAUGUUGAAGAAGAAUCAGACUUGAAAAAAGUAAGGGGAACAAGUCAAGAUAUGCAAAAUGUUUUGUAUCCACCACAAGAGAAUAGACCAAAUCCACUGAACCAUCAAGAUACAGUGGCUGAUGUCAAACAUACUGGCUCAUUUGAUGCUGAUGUAUUGAAACAAGGAGGGAAAACAGCUUUUGAUAAUCCAGGAGAACAACAGCCAUCAUUUGAAGAGGAUGAUAAACCACCUAUACCAGCCCCUAGAUCUAAAAAUAAAGAAAAUAAAUUGGAAAAUGAGCAGGACUUAAAAUCUUUACCAACUCUUCCACCAAGGGCAAGGAGAAAUUCUCAAAAUCAGCCUCCUGAAAUGAAAAUACAAGAACCAAUGAGUCCAAAAGCACAACAGAUGUAUAAGAAGGUAACCUUUAAAGUAACUUAUUCUUUGACUGGCAGCACUGAAAGAAAAGAGACAGAAAUAGAAAAGAAGAUGAGACAGUUGGAUUACAUGAAAUGGAAAUUUGCAACCAUUGAUUUAAAAUCAUUUUGUGCCAACCUGCAAUUUUCUUCACGAAAGCAACAAUAUUUGUUUCAAGUGAAUGAUGGCAUUUUGCAGGUAGAUAUUGGCUCUGUAAGCGAUGCUUCUCAAAUUGAAAAACAUAUUGAUUACAUUGUAGACAUGGUUAUUGAAUAUUCAAAAAAUUGUAUUGUUAGACAAGUUUUUUUUGAUAGUAAAAUAAGAAGGGAAGAUGUGGAAAUAGCUGUUCAGGAACUUAGUGUUAUGAAAGAGGGUAUAUACUAUGCAGAGAUUAACAAUGAAGAAUUUCAUGUGAUCAUAAUCUGUCAUCAGUCUAUUGCUGAUCAAAUUGUUGAAGGAAUUAGAAAAAAGAUCAGUAAACUUGAAGCAGGCAGUAAGAGACAUACUGCAAGAAUUAAAAAGCCCCCAGUUUUUAGAAAGAAAAUGGAAAAAGAAUCAUUUAAAGAGCUAUGGUUACAGAGGUUUCCUUCAGUUAAUAUAAGACAGAAAUAUAUUGAAACAAAUCAUGAGCUUUUAGUGACCCUUGAAGGUCCAAAGCCAGAAAUUGAGGAAGCUGUAGCUAUGAUUGAACAAGAAUAUCUUUGCAAUGAAGUCAGUUUCACGCAUGUCAAAUAUUCUUCACAGUUCAGCAAUAUUGUGGAUGUGCUAUGUGAAUUUACCUGCUCCUUGCAAAUUGAUGAAGAUAUUUCAGUGGAUAUAAAUGGAGAAAAAGAAACAAUUGGGAUAUGUAGUACAUCUUCAGAUACAAAUACAGAUGAAGUCACAAACAUGGUAAAGAAAUGCAUCAGAAGAAAAGAAAUUAAUAAGCAAGUAAAUGGUCCUGAUUUCACCUCUGACUUUGUUGAAGAAUUAAAAGAGAAAUUAGACGAGAAGCACAAACCAUUCAUUCAUCUGACUUUUGUGAAUGAAGGGUUAAUAAGGGUUUACGGGUUGAUAGAACACAUGAACUCCUGCUUUAGCAACAUAGAAAAAAAGGUACAUGCAGAGAGAAAAGCGGGAUCCACUGUGCAUAAGUCGUCAAAAGAACAGUCACAACCAACAAGUUCAUGUGUGAAGGAAAUUAUUAGAAUUGAGAAUCCUUUGGUAUAUGAAUGUAUUUGCAAGUCUGAACAAUUCAGGUCAGUAGCAAAGAGAGGUGAUAUCCAAGUAAAGCAGCUCAACUCUAAUUUGAAUGGUUUUGAAAUACAUGUAACUGGUUUGAAAGAAGCUGUCGACAGUGUUAAAUAUGAGGUUAAGGAAAUAGAGAAGAAUAUUAAAGAGUAUACAAUGGAUUGUGAAGUAGAAGGCAACUGUGUGCCAAACUUAAUAGAGCAUAUACACAAUUUAGAAAAAAGCUCUGAUAUGGUUGUAAAGACAGAAAAAGUACAAAUUGAACCAAUAUCCUAUGACUCCAAGAAAAUACAAUGGAUUUUUGCUCAAGGGAGUACUGUACAAAUUGCAAAAAGCUGUUCAUUACCUGGUAAAAAAGUAUUGGUGAGAUUUGAAGAAGAAUCAAUAAAAACAAAACAAGGAGUGAAGAUGAGUGAAAGUGAUAUUGUGGUAUCAGUUCCAAAAUGGGUAGGUGGUUCUGCAAAAGAGAAAAUCAAUCUUUCUGAGAGGUUUAAUGAAUGUCUGCAAGCUUGUUUAGACAGGUCACUUCAUCACAUAGAUGUAAUUGUUGGCAAGGUAUCCUGGAAAAUGCAAACAUUUGUGAAGCAGCUGCUCGUGGCUGAUUUGUUGAAAGAGUUGUUGCAAAAAAGAAUGACUCCUUGUCUAAGUGUUUGCUUUUGUGGCAGUGAUGAGAAGAUAUGUGAUGAUAUUUACACAGCCUGCUGUGGAUUCUUCAAAGGUGUUUUUUCUACAAUGCCAGCAGAUGAAAGACGUGUUACUGUUACCGUUACAAAUGGUAAUCUUGCUGACACAAAGGCUGACAUUUUGGUGAACUCGGUUGAUAGAAUGGGUUCUUUAGAUAGAGGAGCCAUAUCAAAGUCUCUUUUGAGGAAAUCAGGAAAGGAAGGACACAAACUUCAAGCUGAAAUUAGAAAAUUCAAAUGCCCUUUAGAUUCACUGAAAGUAUACAAAACAGGGGCGUACCUUCAAGGCUGCAAAUUUAUAUUCCAUGGUCUUUUAGAGUAUUAUGUAGUAAAUGGCACAAGUCAAAAGAAGCUGAAACGUUUUGUGCUUGAUUGCUUGAAAGAAGCUGAAAGUUGUAAUUGUAGCUCAAUAGCAUUCCCUGCUCUGGGAACAGGCAAUUUAAAUUACCCACUAUAUGAAGUCAAAGCAGCUAUGUUUGAUGCUGUUGAAGAGUUUAACAUGUCGUGCACAGGUGGAACAAGUCUUCAAGAUGUUAAGUUUGUCCUGUUUGAAUACGAAGCAUUUCAGGAUUUCAAAGCAGAGCAAAAUAAGAGAGAUUCAAAGCAGCCAUGUGCCCCUAGUUGUCAUACUUAUGGAAACAUAACAUUUAAAGCUGUAAAUGGCACAAUCAGAGAUAUUAAACAAGACUGUAUUUUAUAUCUCUGGGAAAGCACAGCAUUUUACAAUGCCAAAAAAAGGCCAGAUCAGCAUGUUCUUUUGAAAGAAAUUGAUGAGUAUGAUAGACGGCAAUUGUUUGAAAAAGUGUUCCCUCAAGGAAGAUUUACCAAUACAAUAGUCCAUACUUUUGAAUGCAGAAAGCUUGAUUACAAAGAUGUAAUACAUGCUCCUUAUGAAGAAAACCCAAGUGGAAAACAGAAGGCUGUGGCUAAUUUGCUCAAGUUUGCUAUUACCUUGAAGAAAAAAUCUGUUGGUCUCUAUUUUGAUGAUGCCAGUAAGACCUCUUUAUAGCAUAUUGUAAUAAAUUAUAGUCUACUCCAUUUAUAAGGAGAUCAGUUUUAACAAGGUACCGCUUACAACUUACAUUCUACUGUGUCCCGGCCUUUUUCAUUCUAUUUUCCUUUCAUUUUUAUAUGCCCGAAAGAAAUUCGGGCAUAUUAUGUUAUACCCCCUGGUGUCCGUCUGUCCGUCCAUCCGUCCGUUCGUCUGUUAGCAAUUUGGUUUCCGGAGCAUAACUUGAGUUCCAUUUGGCCCGCAGUAUUCAAACUUCAUAGGAUGAUUGCCCAUAUUGGGUAGAAGACCCCUAUUGAUUUUGGGGUCACAAGGUCAAAUGUCAAGGUCACUAUAAGCUAAAUACUGAAAAAGGUUUCCGGAGUAUAACUUGAGUUCCAUUUGGCCCACAGUAUUCAAACUUCAUAGGAUGAUUGCCCAUAUUGGGUAGAAGACCCCUAUUGAUUUUGGGGUCACAAGGUCAAAGGUCAAGGUCACUAUUAGCAUAAUACUGAAAAUGGUUUCCGGAGCAUAACUUAAGUUCCAUUUGGCCCACAGUAUUCAAACUUCAUAGGAUGAUUGCCCAUAUUGGGUAGAAGACCCCUAUUGAUUUUGGGGUCACAAGGUCAAAGGUCAAGGUCACUAUUAGCUAAAUACUGAAAAUGGUUUCCGGAGCAUAACUUAAGUUCCAUUUGGCCCACAGUAUUCAAACUUCAUAGGAUGAUUGCCCAUAUUGGGUAGACGACCCCUAUUGAUUUUGGGGUCACAAGGUCAAAGGUCAAGGUCACUAUUAGCAAAAUACUGAAAAUGGUUUCCGGAGCAUAACUUAAGUUUCAUUUGGCCCACAGUAUUCAAACUAUUUUGGGGUCACAAGGUCAAAGGUGUCCAUAUUAAGUAGAAGACACCUAUUGAUUUACGGGUCAUAAGGUCAAAGGUCAAGGUCAAUAUUAGCUUAGUACUGGAAUGGUUUCUGAAGCAUUACUUAAGUUCCAUUUGGCCCACAGUAUUCAAACUUCAUAGGAUGAUUGUCCAUAUUGGGUAGAAGACCCCUAUUGAUUUUGGGGUCACAAGGUCAAAGGUCAAGGUC